CCCUCAGACGGAGGCGGCACCGAUCCAGGCGUCAGCUGAGAACUGACAGCGGUGCAGUUGACCUUCGACGCCGGCAGCACGUAGACGGCGGGGUCGGUGGGAUCUGGGAAGACGUUACCUCAAUAAACUACAUCCUUCAGGGCCCACCCUAUGGAAUCAGAAUGGAAGCUCAAGGUGGAAACUCCCUCAGCUGUGGGACAAUCUGUCUAAAAUAUCUACUUUUUCUCUUUAAUAUUCUUUUUUGGCUGGCAGGCGGCACCGUGCUGGCAGUGGGAGUGUGGACUAUGGUGGGAAAGAGCGACUACAUCAGUUUAUUGAACGCCAGCUCCUACUCGGUCUCAGCUUGUCUCCUGAUAGCUGCCGGGGUCAUCGUGAUAGUGACCGGGAUCAUCGGAUGCUGUGCCACCCUGAAGGAGAUGAGGAGUCUUCUGGUCGUGUAUUUGGUCUUGUUGCUCUGUAUCUUCCUGCUGGAAAUCAUUGCUGGUGUUCUGGCUUACAUUACCUACCAAGAGUGUUUCCCUUUCUGCUAUCAGCUGGACAUGGAGCUGAGACAGAAUCUGAAGGUGACAAUGCAGCAGAAAUACCAGCAGCCAGGGGAGGAGAGCAUCACACAGGCCGUGGAUAAACUUCAGCAGGAGUUUCAGUGUUGCGGCAGUCAUAACUCCUCCGACUGGAGCAACAGUGUGUGGAUCCAGUCCGCAGGGAACGAGCGGCUUGUUCCAGAUAGCUGCUGUAAAAGUCCCAGUGACCUCUGCGGGCUCAGGGACCACCCCUCCAACAUCUACAAGGUGGAGGGAGGCUGCAUUAUGAAAUUAGAGGAGUUCAUCCUGAGUCAGUUGUACAUUAUCGGCGCAGUGGGCAUUGGGAUUGCGUUCCUCCAGCUCGUGGGGAUGAUGUUUACCUGCUGCCUUUAUCAAAAUUUGAAAGAGGACCCCUACUGAUUUGUUACUUUGUUUUAAUAUGCUAGAUUUACAGCUUCAAAAUUUGUAAAAUAUUAGCUUGUUAUCAGCCAAGUUAUUCAUACAAAUCUGCAUGCUGUAAAGAUGGUAACUUAAAUUAUGAAAUGAUACAUUUCCUAUAAGACCUGCACACUACAGAUGCAUUGAUGCUGCUGCGCAGCAAUGUUCUAUUCUGAAAAACAGCAUUGCAUGCUUUGAUUUUUGUUUAUAUCUUUUAUAUUAAGAUUAUGAUGUUUGAAUUAACAAAACACAUUUAAAGAGCAGAGAAAUAUGGGAAUGCUUUGGCUACAUUUGCAAUAGUUUUCCAUGUGUUUUUGGUUUAUCUAUUUCAUGCAUCACCAUGUUAAUCAAAGUUGUAA